AUGCUUGAUGAGUAUAACAAUCGAAAAGAACAAAUUGGUAAAGAAACAUUUGAAUACACGACAUCAUCAUCUACCGCACAGAUCACUACUAUCUCCAAGCUGUUGCUGAUCGCAGCUCGCGGAUUCUUCCUCCUGUAUGAGAUAAAGGUUUGGCAACGGGAUCGACAGCUUAAUAUGAUGAUCACUCCUCGACUAUAG